UUGAAAAAAAUUUCCAUGAUUAUAUUCCUAAGAAUGCUGAGAUCAAAUUCUGAAAGCAUGAAACAAACUACCUUCAUUUUCGAUGGCAAUCGUGGUAGUGAAUGAGAUGAUAUUUCCUCACUUCAUAAUCCUAAUAAGAACCCUAAAAUUCCUAACACUCAAAUUACUCAUCCCUGAAAUAAUGAAUGUCAAAAUUGUUGAGGCUUUCAUAUAUCUUCUAAGUCAUGCGAUCAAUUACAGAAUAAUUGCAGUAAACCGCUGCAAAUUCUGGGAGAAUAAGUUGUUCAAGGAAGUUGUUAAUGGCGGAGCUUGUGAGUCCACGACAGCUGAACGAUGAGGCACGUAAGAUCUUGCGGUGGUGCUCACAGCCUCACAGAAGAUCCUGCAGACAUAAUAAAAAGCAACUUUUAAGAAGAUGACGAUUAUAACAAAUGUUACUGAGUUUGAAGCAAUUGCAAAGGAAAAGUUGUCCAAGGUGAUUUAUGACUUCUAUGCAUCAGGAGCAGAGGAUCAGUGGUCUAUGAAAGAGAACCGAAACGCAUUCUCAAGGAUUCUGUUCAGGCCACGCAUUCUUAUUGAUGUAAGCAAGAUAGACUUGACAACAACUGUAUUAGGCUUCAAAACAUCCAUGUCUAUCAUGAUUGCUCCUUCGUCCAUGCAUAAGACCGCUCACCCUGAAGGAGAAAUGGCUACUGCAAGAGCAGCAUCAGCAGCUGGCACCAUCUUGACACUAGCCACAAGCUCUACUUACAGUGUUGAGGAGGUUGCUUCAACUGGACCUGGCAUUCGUUUCCUCCAACUCUAUGUGUAUAAAGACAGAAAUAUGACUUCUCAACUUGUGAGAAGAGCUGAAAGUGCUGGUUUCAAAGCAAUUGUCCUUACAGUAGACGCUCCAGUUAUUGGUCGCAGGGAGGCUGACAUAAAAAACAGGUUUACAUUUCCAUCGUAUGUGACAUUGAAGAAUUUUGAAGGCAUGGUUCUUAAAAGGACUAAAGACUCUAAUCACGCCUCCAUUGCUAAUGGCCUAUAUGACCAAUCACUAAACUGGAAGGAUGUAAAAUGGCUUCAAACAAUAACCUCAUUGCCAAUCAUACUGAAGGGUGUACUUACUGCUGAAGAUACUAGGUUAGCUAUACAAGCUGGAGCUUCUGGAAUCAUAGUUUCCAAUCACGGUGCUCGCCAAUUAGACUAUGUCCCUGCAACUAUUAUGGCUUUGGAAGAGGUUGUGCAAGCUGCAGAAGGAAGAGUUCCUAUUUUUAUGGAUGGUGGAGUUCGCCGAGGAACAGAUGUUUUCAAAGCAUUGGCUCUUGGAGCGUCUGGUGUAUUUAUUGGAAGACCUGUGGUGUUUUCAUAAUAUUGGCAGCUGAUGGUGAAGCUGGUGUAAGAAAAGUACUUGAGAUGCUUCAUGAUGAGCUUGAAAUAACCAUGGCACUCUGUGGUUGCCCUUCACUUAAGGACAUAACUCGUGACCAUGUUGUGACAGAGUGGGACUGUCCAAGAAUUGCUCCUAAGUUAUGAGAUAUACCUAUACUCAUGGGGUUUGAGCUCUAGGAAGGGUUAAUAAACAAGUGGAGAUUUCGGAUUCGAACUUAUGUCACCAUGAAAAUUUCCAGCUUAACAAUGUCGGACAUUGCCAAUUGAAUUAAGCUUUAUAGCCAUAUACUAUAUGAAUUUAGUUCUAUAAUAAUAAUAUUGUUCUUAUUAUCUCAUGUAAUAAAAUUUGUAGAAUAAAUUUCUAACUAGACUUAUCUCAUUACAAAUGGUACCAGGUGUUAAGGUUUUUAUCUGGGUCUAAAAUGUAAGGUCAAAAAUUAUGUUUUUAUAAAUUAUGUUUGGACCUUAUCUCUA